AUGGUGAAGGAGACUAAGCUGUACGACCAGCUUGGCGUCAAGCCCGACGCGACUCAAGACGAGAUCAAGAAAGGAUAUCGGAAGGCCGCUCUGAAAUGGCAUCCCGACAAGAACAAGGACAGCCCCAACGCAGCCGAGAAGUUCAAGGAAUGCUCGCAAGCGUACGAGAUUCUCUCCGACCCGGAGAAGCGCAAGACGUAUGACCAGUUUGGCCUCGAGUUCCUGCUCCGCGGUGGAGCUGCACCUCCGCCUGGCGAGAACCCGUUCGCCGGCGGAGCUGGUGGCAUGCCCGGAGGAUUCCAAGGCUUCGACUUUGGUAGCGGUGGCGGCAUGCCCGGCGGUGGCGGAGCAAGGACGUUCCACUUCAGCACCGGCGGCGGCGGUGGCGGCGGAAGCGGCUUCCGCUUCAACAACCCGAACGAUAUUUUUGCCGAGUUCGCCCGGCAGCAAGGUGGCUUUGAAGACGACGACCCCCUCGCUAGUAUCCUCGGAGGCAUGGCUGGCAUGGGUGGUGGUGGUCGAUCGAGCCGCAUGCGCUCCAACUUUGGCGGUGCCGGAGCCGACCCGUUCCGCAGCAGCGCUCGCGAGGCAACGCCCGAGGUCACUACCGUCGAGCGUGGGUUGCCGCUUACCUUGGAAGAGCUCUACAACGGUGUCACCAAGAAGAUGAAGAUCAAGAGGAAGACGUUUGAUGAUAGCGGCAAGCGCACCACCAGCGAUCAGGUUCUCGAGGUCCCGAUCAAACCAGGUUUGAAGAAGGGCAGCAAGAUCAAGUUCAAGGGCGUAGGCGACCAGGAAGAAGGUGGCAAGCAAGACCUGCACUUCAUUGUCGAGGAGAAACCCCACCCACUCUUCAUUCGCGACGGCGACGACUUGAUACACACCGUCGACCUGGAACUCAAGGAAGCUCUGACAGGCUGGAAGCGAACCGUCACGACCAUUGACGGCAAGCAACUGACCCUCGACAAGGGUGGCCCGACCGCCCCGGGCUCUACGGACUCGUAUCCUGGCCAAGGAAUGCCCAUCUCGAAAAAGCCCGGUGAGCGAGGCAACUUCAUCAUCAAGUACAACGUCAAGUUCCCGACAACUUUGACGGCACAACAAAAGGCAGAGCUCAAAAAGAUUCUAUAG